GUAUUUUACUCUGGUUGGGUCUUCAAUGAAUACAGAAGUAAAGGUUUUUAAUAAUGGAAACAAGAUAUUAAACAAUCCUGGAAAAAUAGUUAAAGAUGUUUUGGUUUCAGGUGUUGGAAGCAGCUAGUCAUAAAAACUUGGCUAGUGAACAUGAAAAAAAGGAAACUCGAGUAACACCAGAAAACUUAAAGAAAAAUGUUCAGCAAUUUGUAUCAGACAUUGAUGCCUUUACAGAAAAUGCUGGUUUAUUGCAGCAAGGACUGGGUGUGGUGGAGACUCUCUGUGAUCCCCGGUAUGUUCAUCUUGAUCAACUGUUGAGCUUGGAGAAACGUCUCUUACAGUCUAUUGGAGACCCAGAGGAAACACUUCCAUUUACACAGAUCUUCCAGCUUCUCAAAACCCGAGGAACACAUGGUGUAUCACUAGAUGAUAUACUUACACUGAUGGUGUAUGUGGCCUCACUGGGUGGUCCUGAUGUGUUCACACACAAGGAUGAAUAUGCUCUUACCAAUCGUCUUUCUCAUGCCAUUGUUGAAGAUAAGAAGUUGCUCUCUGAUGUCCUUCUCCAGCUUGCCUUUUUGUGAGUGUAAGCAAGCCACUGCCACACCUACUAUGCUGGUCGUUGUUGUUUGAGGGGUGACUCCAGGAGAAGUAUUUGAAAUUCAGCAAGUUGUAACAGCUGUGAAUCCUCCUUGUGAAGUAAUUGUGGCGUCAACACAUUUUGCACAUCCCACUGAUUCUGUUAUUAAUACUUUACAGCCCAAUCCAUUUCUUAGACAUGUUUAGUGUUUCUUCCUCUUUUUACUCAUAAGAUUUAUAAUAAUUUUCACAAAAAUACUGUGUUAACCAUUUAGAAAACUCCUGCAUUCCAACUUGGGGAAGAACAUAUUAUUUUUAUUUGUUUUAAGUGUUAUAAACCCUGAUAAAGGAAAAAGCAAAUCCUACAUGGACAGAAAAUAAAAUAGACUAGAAAGGAUGUGUUUAGUUCAGCAGAUUUGAUUGAAAUAAAAAUAUACAGAUCCUUUCCAGUCGGCAUUUUAAUUUCUGUCCAUGUGGGAUUUAACUUUUCAUAUUGUUAUAUAUUUAUUAUGUUUAUGCUAAAUAAAUUAUAUGAUUGGUACAUUAUAUUACAUUGCUCAGUACCAAGACUUCUUAUUAGCCCUUUUAGGGGCCAGGG